UUCUCCUCCAGCCAAGCAUCUGCCUCUGCCUCUGCCUCUCAGUCCCCACACAGCCGGAGAGCAGCAGCAGCACAGCCGUCCGGAUUCACUACGAGACUUGUUGAUCUUUUACUCUUCUUCUGUCCGUCUUUCUUUCUUUCUUUCACCGCGAGAAGAGGAGAAGAAGGACGGGGAUGUAGAGACCUGGAGCGACCAGCCUCCAAAUAUGAGCUGGGCGGAGGGGAGAGGUCCUCCCCACAGGCUUUAUUUCACACUGGCUGGUGGUCUACAGCAGUGACGUUCUCCUCUUUUACCUUCUCAUUUACACCCUGUUACAUCCCUCUCAUCAAAACAGGCUCCAUAAUCUGAGCAUCAGCAUCCGCAAGGAUGGAAGAAGGCACGUCAGAGGUUACCCGGUAACACAUCGCCCGAGGCCCCGCCACAUGGACUCCUAGGCGCUGUGCAACAUGGACAAGCCACCGGCCGGCAUGAGCAAGGCGGGCUCGCGCUCCACGGCCUCCCUGCCACCGGAGCCAGUGGACAUUGUGCGGAGCAUGUCGUGCUACCGGCGCGUGCGCUUGAACGUAGGUGGCCUGCCGCAUGAGGUGCUGUGGAGGACACUGGACCGGCUGCCACGCACCCGUCUCGGCAAGUUGCGUGACUGCCGGACGCACGAGGCGCUGAUGGACGUCUGCGACGACUACAACCUGGACGACAAUGAGUACUUCUUCGACCGGCACCCAGGGGCCUUCACAUCCAUCCUGAACUUCUACCGCACGGGCAAGCUACACAUGAUGGAGGAGAUGUGCGCACUCUCCUUCAGCCAGGAGCUGGACUACUGGGGCGUGGAUGAGAUCUACCUGGAGUCCUGCUGCCAGGCGCGCUACCACCAGAAGAAGGAGCAGAUGAAUGAGGAGCUGAAGCGGGAGGCGGACACGCUGAAGGACCGCGAGGGCGAGGAGUUCGACAACACGUGCUGCUCGGAGAAGCGCAAGAAGCUGUGGGACCUGCUGGAGAAGCCUGGAUCAUCUGUAGCAGCCAAGAUAUUAGCCAUCAUCUCUAUUUUGUUCAUUGUGCUAUCAACCAUCGCCCUGUCCCUCAACACCCUGCCAGAACUACAGGAAAUUGACGAGUUUGGCCAGAGCACAGACAACCCCCAGCUGGCCCACGUUGAGGCAGUGUGCAUUGCCUGGUUCACCAUGGAAUAUCUCCUUCGCUUCCUUUCUGCACCAAAUAAAUGGAAGUUCUUCAAAGGUCCCCUCAAUGUCAUCGACCUCCUAGCCAUCCUUCCAUACUAUGUCACCAUUUUCCUGACUGAGUCCAACAAAAGCGUGCUACAGUUUCAAAACGUGAGGCGAGUGGUGCAGAUCUUUCGGAUUAUGCGAAUUUUGCGAAUCCUUAAGUUAGCUCGUCACUCCACGGGACUACAGUCACUGGGCUUCACGUUGCGGCGCAGCUACAACGAACUGGGCCUGCUAAUUCUUUUCUUAGCCAUGGGUAUUAUGAUCUUCUCUAGUUUGGUCUUUUUUGCGGAGAAGGAUGAAGAUGACACAAAGUUCAAGAGCAUCCCUGCCUCCUUUUGGUGGGCUACUAUUACCAUGACCACUGUGGGAUAUGGGGACAUUUACCCAAAGACGCUAUUAGGCAAGAUUGUUGGUGGCCUCUGCUGUAUUGCAGGGGUGCUGGUGAUUGCCCUUCCCAUUCCUAUCAUUGUAAACAACUUCUCUGAGUUCUAUAAAGAGCAAAAGAGACAAGAAAAAGCCAUCAAGAGACGUGAAGCUCUGGAACGGGCCAAGCGUAAUGGCAGCAUAGUGUCCAUGAAUGUUAGGGAUGCAUUUUCCCGUGGUACAGACCUUCUCGAUGUGGUAGUUAUGGAGAAAGGUGAGAAGUCUCAGGACAACCAUCUCUCACCUAGUCGCUGGAAGUGGUCGUCCAAGAGAGCUGCAUCUGACACCAGCUCCAAUCAUUCGUUCAAUCCUGAGCAGGGCACUCCAAGCAAGUCCAGGGCCACCAGCCCUCAGAGGCUCAAUGCACAGAAACUGGAGGAAAUGUACAACCAGAUGUCCAAGACCCAGUCUCAGCCCAACCUCAACACCAAAGACAGGAAUUCAUCUCGAGUAGGGUGCAGGAGGGACGAGAUUGAGCUGGGGGCUUUGCCAGGUCCAGGAAACGAUCCACUGGGAGGUCGUGAAGGAGUAAUGGAUAUGAAGAGUCUGUCUAGCAUGGAUAGUUACAUCAGCUGUGCAACAGACUUCCAAGAGAAUCCACGAUUUCCCUACAGUCCAGCUGGGGGCUUGUCUCUUCUGGAGAGCACUCGCUUCUCACACAGUCCAGGCUCUGUUUUUUCAGGACGGGUCAGUGCCAACCCAAGCCUUCAGACUACCUUGGAGCAUGAGCCCAUGCUUACCCCACCUUGCUCAGCUGCAAAGCCAUGCGACACAGAGGGCUCCCGCCAUCAUAGUGUGAAUCCUCUCAAAUCCCACUCCCUUAAGGUGAAUCAUCGUGGUUGCGGGGAGAUGAGUCCAGCCGGUGGUCCUCUGUCAGACAGCUCUGCUCCUUCAGAUCGUUCCCUUCUCAGUCCUGAGGUGUCUAUCUAUACCACAGCCAGUAGCAGGACUCCACCCAAGACACCUGAAGGAGUUGCACUCACACCCACUGUCUUCACGUUUCAUGAUGCCUCCAUCAGCAGGUACAUUGAUGCCGACACGGACGAUGAAGAGCAUCUACGUGAAGGCUGUCCAUCAGACCGGCUACUGGGAGGCUUGGGCACCAAGCCUCGGGUCAACAGCGGCCACCAAGGUGGCACCAACCAUCUGGAGGCUGCACAGAGGUUGUUGGGUCAGAACUGCCUGUUUCCAUUGGGAAGAGCUCCAGGUGCAAGCCAUGAGAACCACGUGGUACUCGAUGCAUCACGAAGGUCCAAAGGGGACAAAGGACGUACAAACGCCUUCAAUGAAAACCUCUGAAUCUCUGUAGUCUUUAGGUCACUAUAGUGGAGGUCAGAACAGGGAGAGGGGCAAAAGCACUGGAGAUGGCAGGUGAAGGCCCAGUGCAACGUCACUUUAGAGACAUUUCACUUACUUCACCCAAGCAGUCAACUCAGGAGACAACCUGCACGGUCCUGCAGGGUCUCAUCUCACCUCUCGGGAAAGCAGUGGUGUGACCAUGCGACCACACUGGAGAAAACUCAACUCAGAAGAUCUGAGUACCACAGUUCAUCUCUCUUCCUGUCUUUCCUUUCUCACAGGCAAACCUAAACCUGUACUGACAUUAGCUGUGGCUGUCUCACAGUGGUAUGCCACAGGUGAAAAGGAGCAGAUGGAGGACUGUUGCCAGAAUCUGACAGAACAAGUUCAGAACUGUCCAAAUAAUCAACAUAAGAUAAGACAAGACAGGUCUGUAAAGUAAAUAAAAGGGACAGUCGUUCACUGCCCAUAUCAGCUA